GGAAGGUGGCCUCUGCACAAAUCAGUAGCUGUGGUAGAAGCCAUCUUAACUGACUCACUGAGGUUUGGAUCCUCCCUGACCGUAGGAGUGUGAGAAGAGUUAGGAGAGCUUCACUUUCCUCCCCAGUGCAGAGGGACUGCACGCCAGGCACGAGGCUCCCCACUCCUCCCCUCUCCCACUCUGCCUUUUCCUGGGCUACCAUCCAAAGAAUGACUGGCUCUAGUGGACCCAAAAGGAGGAACGCAGCCUGAGGAAACAGUAAAGCAGCUCCAGCCCUGCCUGCCUGCCUGCAUGCCUGACUGCUGGGACACAUAAAUGCAUUGAGUUUUUACAAAUCAGCUCCAACACCUCUGUGGGAUUCACAGACUUGCUUUUUUUUUUCUGUCAACAGAUAAGGAAGACUGGAUUUAAACUGGUCAUAAAGACAGACAAACAAACAGACGGACUGACAUAUGGAAAGAGAGCAGUGGGCACUGCGGCGUGAAUGUAGCAACUGGACUUCUCUUCGCCGUGGUUACUAAGACCAAAGAAGGAUAACAGCCAGAGCCCUAUCCUGUCCACAGAGGUAGCGGGUGGAUGAAGCUUUCAUCACACUGCUAUAGAGGAAAGCAGAGACUGUAUAGAAGCUGCAGAGAUACAUCUAGUUGGUCCAAAUUGUGCUGAUCUUCAGAUAAUGAACUGUUACCUCCAAGUAGACUUUUGUUGGAUUGCUUUCUUCAAAUAAAACCUGUUUGCAGGAAAUCGCAGUGAAGACUUAUUUAUCUUUUCAUGGACUUUUCUGCCCAUAUUCAUUGGACUUGCAGGAUACCUGUGUAGACAAACGUGGAGUGUGUGUCUUAAAGAGGAUGGCAGAGUGGAUAAGGACUGUGUGUUUCACAAUGAUGCUGCUGUAUCUCUUUCUGCUGGGCACGGCUCACACUGCCCAAAGCAUCUACCCAAGAAUACGGCUUUCCCAUAAAGAACUUUUGCAGCUGAACAGGACCUGGGUGUUCCAGGCACAUGGAGCGUCUCUUCAGCCGCAGACCAUGCUGCUGGAUGAGGGCCACGAGAGGAUUUAUGUUGGGGCCAAGAACACUCUCUUCUCCCUUAGCUUGGACCAGGUUAACACACACCACAGAGAGAUCCAGUGGGCCAGUACCGAACCUCAGAUUGAGGAGUGUUUGAUGAAGGGAAGGGAAAAGUCGGAGUGUGCUAACUACAUCAAGGUCCUGCAACAGUACAACCAGACCCAUCUGCUGGUCUGUGGAACAGGAGCCUUUAACCCAGUUUGUGUCCUGGUCCGAGUGGGACACACGGGGCAGGAUAAGCUGUUUUCUCUAGAAAAAGACAGCAUCAUGAGUGGCAGAGGACGCUGUCCAUACGACCCCAACAGUCCCUCUACGUCUACACUUUCAAGGGGAGAGCUGUACAUUGGUCUGUACACUGAUUACUGGGAGAAUGAUGGUGCUUUCUGCCGACUGAACAACCAGACCUACACACGCACAGAAAGAGACGACAGGCAGCAACUCAAUGAACCUAAAUUUGUGGGGUCUGCAGUUAUUCCGGACAACGAGGACAGGGAUGAUGAUAAAGUUUACUUCUUCUUCACUGAGCGAGAGAUGGAAGCUGAGGGAGGGAACAAGGCUGUGUAUACUCGUGUUGGGCGAGUCUGCGCGAAUGACAAAGGAGGACAGAGAAUGCUGGUGAAUAGAUGGAGCUCCUUCCUGAAAACCCGUCUUAUCUGCUCUGUGGCUGGACCAAAUGGCAUUGAUACACACUUUGAUGAACUUGAGGAUGUGUUUGUGCUCAAGAACAAGGAUGGCAAAAACCCAGAAAUCUUUGGACUCUUUAGCACAACAAGUGCGGUGUUUAAAGGUUUUGCAGUGUGUGUUUAUCACAUGGAUGAAAUAAGAGCAGCCUUUAACGGCCCCUUUGCUUACCGAGAGAGGCCUGCGCAUCACUGGACACCUUAUGAGGACAGAGUCCCCUACCCUCGACCUGGAUCUUGUGCCAGUAAAGUGAACGGCGGCGGCUUCUCCAGCUCUAAGGAGUUUCCUGAUGAGGUUUUGCGGUUUGUGCGCUCGCAUCCUGUGAUGUAUCGUCCAGUACUUCCCCAGCACCGAAGACCUGUACUGCUGCAGACAGAGCAGGGCAGGAGGAAGCUGACCCAGAUCGCUGUGGACAGAGUCCAGGCCCAGGACGGACACUACCAUGUUCUGUACAUCGGCACUGACGACUCAGUGGUGUUGAAAGUUAUCACCAUCUACAACAAAGACACAGACUCUAUGGAGGAGGUGUUGCUGGAAGAGCUGCAAGUAUUCAAGGUGCCAGCACCAAUAAGGGAAAUCAUAAUAUCACCUAAAAGGCAACAGCUGUAUGUGGGGUCGGAGGUGGGUGUGGCACAGGUCAGACUGCAUCAGUGUGACCUCUAUGGCUCAGAAUGUGCUGAUUGUUGUCUGGCCAGAGACCCCUACUGUGCAUGGGAUGGUCUCACCUGCUCCAGAUAUUACCCUGCUGGAGUCUACCCUAAAAGCAGACGAUUCAGGCGGCAGGAUGUUCGCCAUGGCAACGCCGUCCAGCUGUGCAAUGGACUGCAAAUUGAUGAUGAACAACGGCCCAGAUCUGAGGAGAGGCUGGUUUAUGGUGUGGAGAGCAACAGCACUUUACUUGAGUGUGUCCCUCGGUCACUUCAAGCCAAGGUCCUCUGGUUUUUACAGAAAGACGGAAAUAAACACGAGGUUCGAGGUGAUGAGCGAGUUAUAAUGACCUCCCAUGGGCUGCUGUUUUUACGAGUGAGAAGCUCCGAUGCUGGUGUAUAUGUGUGCCAGACCGCCGAACAUGGAUUUGUGCACACAUUGUUGCGUAUCUCUCUACACGUGCUCAGAGGGGAGAGGGUGGAGUCAGCAAUCAAUAGGGCUAAUGAUGGGGAUGGAGAGAAAGCUGCAGCUCCAUGCCCCUUUUCCUUGGGCCCCCUACCAGGCCCCAGCAGCAGCCCAAGGGCCCUGGUGCCAUCCUCAGUCCCUGGCCCCCACUCCAGGUUGUGGUACAAGGAGUUUCUCCAGCUGAUUGGCUACGGGGAUGCCCAGAGAGUCGAGGAGUACUGCGAGAGAGUGUGGUGCUCCGAUAAAAAACGUAAAAAGAGCAAAAGGAAGUAUACUUCUCCGGGUGGCGAAAAGAGAGGGAAAGGAAGAGGAGAGGAGAACUCCCACAGAGUGCCCAGGCAAACCUUGGAUGCCUGAGGGGAGCAGAGAUUGACUUGACACACACAC